UUGAGUUUGAAGAGAGAUUCACUGAUUUGCUUGAAACGUGUUUAGACUUAAACCAAGUGGAGACGAGCACCCUUUCAUUUAAACGUCACGUCGCAUUCACAACUUUCUGUAUUGUGGUUGUGCCUUUGAGUUGAGUUGUAACAGCUGCAAUUACAAUGAGCGGAAGAGGCAAAACCGGUGGAAAAGCCCGCGCUAAGGCUAAGAGUCGCUCUUCCAGGGCUGGAUUGCAGUUUCCCGUCGGUCGUGUUCACAGGCUUCUUCGAAAAGGCAACUACGGCGAGCGCGUUGGUGCUGGUGCUCCAGUUUAUUUGGCCGCUGUACUCGAGUAUCUCACUGCUGAGAUUCUGGAGUUGGCUGGAAACGCCGCUCGGGACAACAAGAAAACCCGUAUCAUUCCCCGCCAUCUGCAGCUGGCGGUGCGUAAUGAUGAAGAGCUGAACAAGCUUUUGGGUGGCGUGACCAUCGCUCAGGGCGGUGUGUUGCCCAACAUUCAGGCUGUGCUGUUGCCCAAGAAAACCGACAAGCCAGCCAAAACCAACUAAACCCAUACAAGUUUCUCUUACAACAAAAGGCUCUUUUAAGAGCCACCCAUUUUUUCCACGUGAGAGCGAUUUCUUUUAGCUAAUUAUUGG